AUGUCUUCUCCAUCCCCCAGAAUUUUGCUCAAUGAUGACGGCCCACCAGGUCCCCAAUCUCCAUAUGUUUACGGGCUUUAUCGUUAUAUCACCACGAUUCUCAGAUGGGAUGUGAAAGUAGUCGUACCAAGCUCCCAGAAAUCGUGGAUUGGGAAAGCGUUUCACAUUACAGAAAUCACGAAAGGAAGAUAUUACUACCCGAAGGAACCUGACGGGAUGGGAGAGGUUUCAUCAGCUUCGCGUCCUCUAAAUGAGGGUGAAGUCGCCGAGUGGGUACUGCUGGACGGUACCCCUGCGACUUGCACCAAUAUCGCGCUUCAUAACCUUUAUCCUGGAACAAUCGACCUCGUGAUCUCGGGACCAAACCUUGGCAGAAAUUCCUCUGCCGCUUUCGCCAUGUCGUCCGGAACCAUUGGUGCCGCAAUGUCGUCUGCGCUAUCUCAGGUCCGCUCUGUCGCAAUUUCGUACGGCACUGUCCUCCAUCCCACCCCAAACGAACUUUUUGAACCCGCACAUAUCCUGUCUGCGCGGAUCAUCCAGUACUUGUGGAACAACUGGGGUAGAGACGUCGGUGGAAUGCGCAACGGAGAAAUCGACAUGUAUAAUGUGAAUGUUCCCAUGAUAAUGGAACUUCUUAACCCUGAGGGCAUAGAUGUCCAUUGGACACACAUGUGGCGUAACUCAUAUGGCCAGCUUUUUAAGGCGAUAUCGGCUUCUGACGCUACGAGCACGAAGAGGGAAAUACCCUCCGAGAGCCCGGACGUGGCAGGACAGCAUACUGCACAACAAAGUGGAUCUGGAAGCGAUGUACCGAAAGAGGAACCUGCAGCGCUAGUGUUCAAAUUCUCCCCUGAUGUCCAACCCCUCAUUACACCUUCGCUUGCCUCCCUCCCAGUUGGCUCGGAUGGUUGGGCCAUCGCUAAAGGCCACGCGAGCAUUACUCCACUACGGGCAUGCUUUGCACAUGUAGAUCAUGACAAUGCGGCAACAGGGACGGAAUCUAUGAGGAUCUUGAAAUUUUAG